AUGGAUUUACAAUCCGAACACGAAAAAUAUUUGUGUGCUUAUUUUGACAAUAAUCCAGUUUUUAUUACUAAUUAUCCAGCCGAUUUAAAGGCUUUUUACAUGAAAGGCGGAACCUUACCGGAGGUCAAAGACAGAGUCUUGUCAGAAGUCAAAAAUAAUCCGGAUAAAAAAACGGCAGCCUGUUUUGAUUUAUUAUUUCCGGAAAUUGGAGAGUUGAUUGGUGGAAGUUUGC